AUGUAUCAAAAUAUACCCGUGACAAAUAAUGAUGCAAUCUGGUGUCAUUUAAAAGUUUAUUUCGCAACUGUUGCUAUUGUACGUGCAUUAUAUGCAAAUACAUUUCAAGGUCUUCACCGCUUUUGUCGGAUAAUUUAUUAUACUCGUCUUUUUUUUCAUCGUAAUAUAUAUCUAUAUAGUUGCGGCAUACUAAUUCAAAUAUUCCUAGGUAUACUUCAACCAUUAUCAGUUCUUGUAACAGGUGUAUAUCAAUAUGAAGAUUAUCAUUGUCAAAUGAGUUUGACAAAUUGGCGUGGAAUGAUAUUAGGAGCUUUUCUGAUUUAG